ACUUUUUUCAUUGCAAUAAUUCGAGGUGUAUCGUGUGAUGGCUGUAUGGCACCAAAUUUCUCUGGAGAUCGCUAUAAAUGUCUUCGAUGUUACGAUUUCGACUUGUGUUCAAGAUGUUACAUGAAGGAGCGGUCAAAAACUGCAGCUGCAUCACCAAAAGAUUCAAAAGUAACGACCGCUGAAUCAUCUGGUACUCGUACUUUACGAGAAACCAAUGAUGAACAUUCACCAUCUCAUCCAAUGCAGUGUAUUAUGACUCAGCAAGAUUUUGAAUUGACAUAUCAAGGCGAUCAUGCCCAUAAUUGGGAUCGUUUACGAGUUGUGAUUUUUACUUGUCCAGUUUGUGGACGUCAUGGUUUCUCGCGUGAACGUCUAAUUUCACAUGUUAUUGAUGUUCAUUCAAAUUCAUCUCAGUCUUCAUCACAGCGUUUUGAAAUGGCUUGCCCCAUCUGUAUUGCUACCGAUUUUUAUCGUAUAGGGUUUGGGGAUUACAUGCCUAAUCAUUUAACUGAUCUGGUUACGCACAUGCAAGAACAUCAUAUGCAGGAACAGCAAGGAAAUUCAUCAAAUAACAAAUGUAGCAGCACGCCCAAUACUGCACAAGUAUUAUCAGAUUUCUUGCGCGAUCAUGAACUUAGACGUGUUGUCGUACAUGACUUGCCUGUCAUCAGUAAUGAUUCUGAUGCCGAGGAAGCACCUACUGGUGAAACUCCUACGAACAUCCAGCUUGGCGCAUCUCAAAGAAUUGAUAUAGCUUCACGCAUUCGUCAGAGGCCAAUGGAUAGAAAUUCUGCGGAAACAAAUUCAACUACAGAGGCAAAUAACACUGCACAAGAAGUAGCAAAUUUCCCACCAAGCCAUGGAGAUAAUCAGUCAUCCAGAGAAUAUAUAUCCGGACGACCUAUUGGUGUUCUCCCUGUUAGCUUCACCUCAGCAGUAUCGAGUUUUUCACAUGCUCACUCUUCUAGUGACUUUACAUCUGUUCGAGCACCUGCAUCUAGACCAUCUUUGCACUCUGAACAUUCAACUAGGGAAACUCCUGGUCUGGGAUAUUCUGGAAGUAGUCCUUUACUUCUAAAUUUCAUCGCUGAAGGUCAAUCAUUUUCAUAUGAUUCUAGUUCAGCAAAUACAGAUGGUUUGUCUGUUCGAGCGUUUCAAUAUCCUUUUAAUGCAUAUUCACGUCCUAAUGUUCCUAUUCAUGGUUCCCAACGAAACCAGACCACCACUGGAGAAUUUAGUAAUCGACCAGUAGGGCGUGCUAGGCGACUUCUAAUACGGGAACGAAACCAUUCCAGUAAUGAGACAUCAUUUGGAGUUCCUCCAGGUUUUAGAAACUUGGAGAGUGCUGAAGCUGAAAAUGUAACUGAGACUGUUAGAAUUAAUGCUGCAGCUUGCUCUGUUGUGGAUCAUGAUGCAAAUUCAUCUGUACCUAAUUCUUCAGUAGUUCCAACAACUUCUGUUGAUUUGGAUGAUGCUAGCGGUAAUAAAGAUGAUGUGAAGAAUAAAUUAGAAACUGUGACUGAACCUGCUGACGAGCCAGAAAAACAGUUGGAACCUAGUGAUCGCACAGAACAUAAGAAGUCUUUGAAAUAUUGCACGCUUUUCACAGCCUUAUGCAAACCAUCUUGUUUACCGGUUUUGAAAAUGGAAAAAACGAAAGUAGAACUUGUAACUGAGACGAAACAGUUGCGCACGUUGAGCAUCGAAGAUUCAGACAAUGAUGAACAUAUCAACGAAAACCCACCGCUUCAGUCAGUCAUGAGGAUCGGUCGACCACUUUUAUCCACAUAUAUGCAACGUAAUAAAAGCGUUUUCUUAACUCGAGCUGAGGAAAGGGCCGAUGAACGCAGUGAUUGGUGGAUGUCACAUUUCAGCGAAAAUCUGCGUGUAGAAGCUACGUUGCGUGCUAAUCAAGGGAAUAUUGAUGUUGUCCAUCAGGUGUUAGAUAAUUUUUCUACACAUAUUUUGUGUCGUGUCGCACUUUUGGAAAAAGUUACGCAUGUUGAGACAUUGAGUCCUUCGAUGAUAACGACUGAUCGUUCGACGGCUUCGCGUGGUGAAGUAGCUUUAAAUCGUGCUGUAGAAGCGUUACGAAGAUUGGAUUCGCGACAAACGCAUAGUAUUCGCUCAUCUGUAACGCAUAGUGGUAUCGCUCAAACUAACAAUCCUGCCUAUUUGUUUUUUUUUUCAUCGUUGAUUAAAACUAUUCUUAUUGGAACAGUCAUUGGUUUAGGUUCCACUGUGUAUAUUGUCUAUGAAACGCAGUGUAGAAACGGAAAUAUCAUUCCCCCUCCAGGAAUUGGUUCGCAACAGGGUCAGGUUAUUCAGAACGCGUUGGGCAGUACCUUAUUUUUGAGUUCUGAUUCUGUGGCUGAAGCAGUUGCACGCGAAGUUGCUGCUUUCAGCGAAGCGUCUGGUUUGAAUAUCAGGCAAUUACAGGGCCUUAUUCGUCGUGAAGAACAUGGGGCUCAAAAUCUUCAUUUUCUUCAAAACGUGCAUCUGAAUAGCCGUCCUUCACAUAGCCGUUCAGGCAACAUUCCUGCACCAAUACCAUUAUCUGAAACAAGAGGACGUAAAACUGUAAGCCGGCAAGCUAAAGAAAAUGGUGUAUCGAAUAACGACCAUAUUGACUUUAUAAACAACGCUUUUAAGAUUUGUUGUACUCAUCAUUUUCGCUUCGUCCUCGUGGAAUCCAUAUCGAUUGUCGAAGGAGAUGCUCUCGAGCAUCUUCUUGAGAACUAUUGA